UCGUACCGCGCAGCGGAUCGGCAGUCAUCUCCCCGCUCACGUCGUGCCCGUCUCGAAUCGGGAUACUCGCACAGGCGCUUCCCCCGCUCCAGCAUUCGUCCAAUAUUCCUCUUAUCAGAUUGGAAAGAAUCCGUGGACUAUUUCUCUCGCCGUCGCGCCUUCAAAUUUCAGAGCGAGUCGUGCAGCCUCGAAGCCAUCUGUAUUCCUCUGUUUUUUUUAUCUGUCCUUCUCCUACAUCUCCUCCGGUCAAAAUCUUACCUUUACCUAGUUCCAGCCGUGAAGCCGGCUGAUUUUUAUAUCUAUGAGGUGUGGGCAGGCUCAAUCUCUUAUUUUUUUGCAAUUGAAGUUAGUAGUUUUGCCCAAUGGCGUCCACACCGGAGGCCGCGGUGGCGGCCGAGGGGCUGCUAAGCCUCGCGCGCGAGCUCGCUGCAAUGGGCGACGCUGUGGCUGCGGAAAGCAUCCGGCUGGCGCGCAAGGUGUCGCUACUUAUCCAUCUCCUUGAGGAAAUUCGAGGCUUUGUUACGAGGAGUGGUGGCAAGUCGCCGGGCGUGUCGACUUCGUCGGCGGUGAACUCGUCCUGGUCUUGUUUGGCUGAUAUGGCGCGUGCCCUUGAGGCGGUAAAGAGGUUUUUGUUGAUUGGCAGCCGGAAGAGUUCCGGCGAGAGUUCAAAUGCGGAUUUGGCGGCCAAGAACAUGGUGAUCCAAUACCAGUAUGUGACAUGGCAGCUGGAGAAAGUACUAGGAAAUAUUUCUUACGAGCAUUUUGAAAUAUCUGAUGAAGUUCAGGAGGAGGUUGAACUGGUGCGUGCACAACUGAGGAGGGAGACCAUGAAGGAUGGAGCGGAGAAUCUGAUUGUUUUUAAAGAGAUUCACAAUAUGCUCUCCCCCGCACUUUUUGGAGAAUUUAAACGGCACAAUUCGUUUAAGUUUGAAGCACCACAGGACGAUAAAAAUGGCAUUGUUGAUCAUGGACUUAGGGACAUGGUGAUACUUCUUGCAGAAGUCAAUGGAAAAUCUGAUUUUGAUGCUGCGAGGAUGACACUCAAUUUGAUGGAUGGACUUAAAAGGACCAGCCAUGCUGAUCUUCCUAAUAUUGAGAAAGCUGAAACCAAGUCAAGUAAAUUAGGAAGCAGCACAGUAGAAGAUGAAAGACGUGAUUCUCCGGUGAUUCCAGAAGACUUCCGUUGCCCUAUAUCUCUUGAACUUAUGAAAGAUCCUGUUAUCGUUUCCACAGGACAGACUUAUGAGCGUUCCUUCAUUCAGAGAUGGAUAGACUGUGGCAAUAGAACAUGUCCCAAGACUCAGCAAAAGCUCCAAAACCUUACACUAACUCCAAACUACGUGUUACGAAGUCUAAUCAUGCAGUGGUGUGAAGCUAAUAGCUUUGAGCAGCCGCACAGAUCAACGGGCGGACGUAUGAGAAGCAACGGAACAUUUCACGAAAUCACUGGUGAUAAAAGCCUGAUUAAUUCCCUCAUUGCAAAACUUACCAGCAGAUCAAUGGAAGAGCAGAGAUCAGCUGCUGCUGAAAUCAGAUUACUGGCGAAAAGAAGCACAGACAAUAGGAUUCUUAUAGCAGAAGCUGGAGCCAUCCCAGCUCUUGUUGGUCUCCUAUGGCUGGAUGACCAGAAAACACAGGAGCAUGCAGUGACAUCCCUCCUCAACCUUUCUAUAUAUGAUCAUAACAAAGAAGUAAUAAUGCUAGCUGGAGCAAUAGCUCCUAUUAUUCAAGUUCUUAAAAGUGGAAGCAUGGAAGCAAGAGAAAAUGCAGCUGCUGCUAUCUUUAGUUUGUCACUUAUUGAUGAGAACAAAAUAACUAUUGGUGGGGCACCAGGUGCCAUUGAAGCACUGGUAGAAUUGCUUGAGAGCGGAAGCCCGAGGGGGAAGAAGGAUGCUGCAACAGCUCUUUUUAACUUGUGUAUUUAUCAGGGAAACAAAUUACGAGCUGUGAGAGCUGGAAUUCUGAGACCUUUGAUUAAGAUACUUAAGGAUUCGAUGACCUGUGGAAUGCUGGAUGAGGUGCUGACCAUUUUGUCUGUUCUUGUAAGUCACCAGGAAGGGAAGGCAGCGAUAGCUAAAGCUAAUACAAUCCCACUUCUAAUAGACCUGUUGAGAACUGGGCAGCCACGCAUCAAGGAGAAUGCAACAGCUAUACUGCUUGCUCUAUGUAAGAAGGACUCUGAGAAUUUAGCUUAUAUAGGCAGGCUUGGUGCUGUUAUACCUUUAACAGAGGUUGUGAAUAGUGGCACAGAGAGGGCGAAGCGCAAGGCUAGUUCUCUUCUUGAGCACCUGAAGAAGCUGCAGAUUCUCUGAAUAAAUUUUUCUCAUGGGGAAUAUUCAAUAAAUUCCUCCUGUGCAUAUCGAAAUGAAACUAUAAGCUUUUAUGUGAAUGAAAUGCAACUUUGUUUGAUUUAGCGGUUGAUUUUAAGGUAAAUAUCUACUGCUUUCUGCACAUUUAUUUCAUUCAUUGAGAAAUUUGUCCAAAGCUUUUU